ACGGCGGGCCAAACAUGUCAAGCACUCGUCGGUAGCGGCCGCGCGAAUGGACUCGUAACAAUCUUCGACAAGACCGCGACAACCGGAGCCAAAAGUCAGCGAGCGAGCUCGCCUGACAUGAAGUGAAACUCUCCAACCGAGCGCAUGACACUUUUUUUCGCAGCGGCCCCGGGUUUGCGCCUCCGUCCACCGGCCAACACGGAGACACAUCACCUACCGACUAGCGGCGAGAUGGCACGUGCAGCGACCUUGGAGAAUGUGGGCGAGGCCGCCGGAGGGGCGAGCGGCCCCCUGCCCCGCCGGCACCCCGGCGCCUGCCGCUCCUUCUUGCACUCCUCGCCCAACAAUCGCCACCAGAACGGGCAGCAGAACCGCCAGGAGCAAGCCAAUCUGCCCACGCCACCGCCUUCGCCGGCCGGCCAGCGGGGCGCCAUCUCGGGAGAACAAUCAGACCAGCGGCAACGUCGGGAGGCGACCCGUCGGCGCGCCCGCCUGCCGGACGCGCCGCCACGUGACGGGCGCCCGGCCGGCGGCGGCCCGCUUCCCGGACGCGAGGCAACGCUGGAGGCGAGGCGAGUGGACACCGCGGGCGUCGCCCGGCAACUCAGGACCAUCGGCGACCAACUGAACGCCUCUGUGCUGAGAGCGCACGACGCCCCCCACUGGCAAGACUGGAUCGACGCCGGCCGAGGCUUCCUCAACCUGGCGGCGCGGACCCUCAGCGCCCUCUACAGGAUGGCGUAGGCCCGGCUGGGUUACCAUGGCAAGCACGAGAUGGGUGCAAGGCGUCGGUGCGUCUGCUGGUUUGGACCGCGGACGGCACUUGCCGCCUGUUUGUUGCUUUUGUUUUGUUUUUUUAUUUUGUCAACUGUGAAAGUGGAAUCAAAAAUGUUGAAAUUCCACACCUGAUGCUAAAGCUAAUGGCUAGCUCGGUUUUGUUAAAUUAGCUUUUUUCCACAGAUGAGCUUCCCCCCACACAUGAAAUUGUUUGGUUUCAUUGUACACAUGCAGUGCCUUUGUAUUGACCAAUCACACACACGCACGCAAUGUUGGUCCUCCAUCUUGUGACUUUCGAGAAUGUAAAUACUCGUUACCGAUCCUCCCCCCAAAAAAGUUUUGCGACGAUGGUUAGAAAAUAAAUCCAGUGGAUUUGAGAUGUAUUUCAAGCAAAAAAAAAAAAACAAUUUGAUUUGGGUCCCAGCAAAGUAUUUCACCACAUUUUAAAAUGAUUGUUUGAUAGAUAAUUUAUUUUGCAGUAGCAUAUUUGUAGCUUUUUGUUGUUGUCGUUGUGGUUCGUCUUGUUUUCUAUGAUGCUGUUUAAUUUAUUUUGUUUCGGACAUUCCUGCUGCGCGCGACAAAACGGGAAGCCGCAAAUUAGCAGACGACAUUAGCCUGAUGGAAAGACGUAACUAGUGCAGGAAUUGACACGCAAAGAAAUCUGGACGUGCUCUCGAUCAAAGUGCACUUUUGACUUUUGUUCUGUUUUGAGGCAUUUGUUGACGUUUAGCAUGUUUACCACAACCACUUUGCUUUGAUACGUUAGCUAGCCGCGCAUUUGCUAAUGACGCGAUCGCUUCCCGUUGGGCGACAUUGUUAACAGCCCAUCAACUGAACUCAUCCAGUUGUUGUUUUGUUUUUUACUGUUGUAAAACGUUUCUACUGGAAUUUUCUACUUUGUUCUUUUAUACAAUAAAGUCAAUUGAUUAAA